AUGAUGGAGGAUGACGAGAUAGAGCAACUUUUUCAAUUUGAAGAGGUACCUAUUGAAGUUGACGAAGCUUCUCCUGAAUUCGACGAGAACGGUUUUCAAUUUUUCAAAGAGUUUCCACUUGAUUUGAUGAAGGAUAUUUGGAAAUAUGUGAGUGUUUUUUUUUAUAUUUGAGAACUUAGUUGCUCCUGAAUCAUUAAAAAAUAUUAUCUGGUUUAAAAAAAAUUGACAAAUUUCUGAUGUUUUAGAAUCUAUGAAUUUUGAUUUUUAGCUUCCAUAUCGCGAUGCUCAAAAUUUUCGAAGAGUGAACAAAGUGAUUAGUAUGGAUUAUCAUGAAAACCGUAGGUACAUUGAUGGUCCAAUUUGCGAAAUUGUGAUUGAUGCUGAAGGAUAUUUAUGGUUAGAAGAACUAGAGAAAAAACUUAUGGGUCACAAUAAUAAUAUAAAUGUGAUUUGCACAACACUUUCUGUAUUUUGUAAUGAUGUUGUAUUGGAGAACAUAAUGACCAUAAUUGAUACUUGGACAAUCAACCAAUGCAUAAUAAGAUGCUCAAGAAUGACCAACGAUGUCAUUCAAUAUCUUCAUGACAAAUCCGAAUCAUUACGGAUAUAUUCACACAUAAUUUCACCCAAUUCUAAUUACCUCGAAAUGUACUUGCCAAAACUUCUGAUUGUGGAACACGAAGUGCCAUUGCAUAUUCCUGAUUACGAAAGUUUUUUCGAACUAACACCAAACUUGGAGGGUAUAAUAGUUAAUUUGAAAGGAGACCAUUUGAUGCCGCUUCUCAACAGUUUGAAAAAACAUUGGCCAGACAAAUUAGAAAUUAUCAUAAUCCGGAGAAACGAACAACAUUUUCCGGAGGGAUUUCUUUAUCCACAAUUCAGGUAUAUUUUUUUCACUACAUUUGACACAAAUUUGGACAUUAGAAAUUUGGAUAAAUAAAUUUUACAGAGACUUAAUCCAAGACUUCUAUGAUCAUUUUCACAAUGAACUCAACAUUGUUUAUAGAUUGGAUAGUAAGGAUUUGAUAAUAACUCCUCUACACAUCACUAUAUAUCAUUUUCCUAAAAGGAUUGUAAUAGAUUUGGAGCAAGCUCUUUUUAAUGCUAUCUAA